CACGUAAACGAUUCCUCGAUCGCGCUUCCACCAGAAUCCGCCGUCCGCCUGAAUAUCGUCCCGCUAUCCUCCUUCCUACACGCGCCCUAUCUCUAACACACACAUCACCAUUAUCUCAACAGCGACAGAGCCAGCCUAGGUUUAUGCCCGGCCUGAUUUCGCCCAUCAGUGCCGCCAGUCACGGUACUGACGCAGGCAUGAAUGCCACAGGCUUGAAGCGGGUGCGCGAUGAGGAGGCAGUACCGACAUAUGGCGAGGCGCAUCCUAAGAAACGCAAAGUCGUCCACAGGCUUCAUCAUACCCAACCCACGCAUCAAAUCACAGAGCCUAACAACGGUGGUUUCGGCGCAACAGGCGACAAGCAAUUCUUCGAUUUCCAGCUACGUCGGGCAAUUGCGGUGCAAUGUAAAGGCAUCGGGUUCGACAGCGCGCGGCCGGAAGCCCUGGAGCAGUUCAGCGGGCUGGUUGAUGACUUUAUGACCAAUUUUCUCGCAGAAGUUCGCAAGUCCAUGUCCAGCGCGCGACGCACCGAAACCGUACCCCACGACUGGAUUUGUGGGCUCAAGUCGGCUGGCAUUAAUGGAUCCUCCGACCUCGAAAGCCACCUUGAUUAUGGAUCAGUGCCGUCACAGCUCUUACAACCUCCACUCGCUUCGUCAGACACGACCGAAGUCCCACCACCCGAUCUCGAGGGGCUUUUAGGCCCAGAACUAUCCGGUAAAUCUGAUAAAGAAAGCCGAAAAUACAUCCCAGCGCAUUUCCCACCAUUUCCUUCCAAACACACCUACAAGGCGACGCCAGUGUUUUCCCACCGCGAAAACGAUCCACGCAGUAUACGGGAGAAGGCUGCAGAGGAAGGAAUAGCAGCAGAGAAGAGCUUACGCACGCUCAUGGUCGCACAGAAAGCCGGCCUACAGAAGCGAAGAGGCGGAAAGCGAAAACAAAGCGAAAUUAUGCAGAAGAGAAACGCAGCAUUCAAGCUGGCUAUGGAAGAGAGUCUACAAGACGAAGCUGAGCGCGAAGCCAAAGAAAACAGGCGACGUGCAGCCCUUGACCGCGAAGACGACGAGUGGGAGGCAGGAACCCACACAAUAACAACGACACAAACACAGUAUGAAAGAAAAGUCAAUCUAGACGAAGGGGUACAGGUCAACUAUGACCGCAAAUUCUGGCGCAGAAACGCCCGAGGUGUAUGA